AUGCUCCUGUGUGGAAUCAUUGAUGAAUUGACGAAGUCCGCUCCUGACACCACUACCAUCGCCUUCUUUUUUUGCCAAGCCACCGAUGUACGGAUAAACCACGCCACUGCGGUCCUUCGCGGCCUGAUCUUUAUGCUAGUUGACCAGCAGCCAUCCCUCAUCUCUCAUAUACGGCGACAGUACGACAAGGCUGGGAAGCAGGUCUUUGAGGACGUUAAUGCGUGGGAAGCUUUGUCAGAAAUCCUCACUAGUAUCCUUGGGGACUCGUUGCAGACCACCUAUUUGAUCAUCGAUGCUCUCGAUGAAUGUACUACAGGUUUAGAUCGACUUCUUGAACUUGUCGCCCAACAGUCAUCAGCAUGUCCACAUGCCAAAUGGAUCGUCUCGAGCCGUAACUGGCCAGCCAUUGAAGAAACUCUUGACGCUGCAACCCAGAAAACAAAGCUCUGGCUUGAAUUGAAUGAGGCGUCCGUUACUGAGGCCGUCGCCUUCUUUAUCCGCUACAAGGUCCAGAAAUUGACGGAAAAGAAGAAAUUUGACAAUUCAACCCGUGAUGCUGUUUUCCAGUAUUUAUUGUCAAACGCACAUGGUACCUUCCUCUGGGUAGCCUUGGUUUGCGAGAAACUCACCAAGGUCCCGAAAAGAAACAUUCGGAAGAAGUUAAAAGAAUUCCCUUCUGGUCUUGAUGAGCUUUAUAAGCGAAUGUUGAGUCAAAUCAACGAAUCAGAUGAUGAUGAUGCUAGACUCUGCAAGUCUCUCCUCGGCGUUGUCACGACCGUUUAUCGCCCUAUUAUGUUGGAUGAAUUAGCGUCUUGUAUAAAUUUACCUGAAGGCGUUGCAGACGAUCAUGAGUCUCUGGAAGAGAUUAUUGGGCUUUGCGGCUCGUUCCUAACGCUCAGAGGACGCACAAUCUCUCUAGUUCAUCAGUCAGCCAAGGACUUUCUACUUCGAGAAGCAGUCCAGGAGAUUUUCCCCGACGGAGAAGACAUAGUGCACUAUUCCAUAUUUUCAAAGUCCCUGGGAGCCAUUUCUAGGACGCUACGACGCGACAUCUACAGCCUACUGCACCCCGGAUAUCCAGUCAACCAGGUCAACCAGCCACAUCCAGACCCGCUAGCCUCAAUACGGAUAGUGGCUCAGUUGGCAUUUUCUUUCGCAAUAACUACCUUCAUUGGCUCGAGGCUCUUAGCCUAA